CCUGGAGUAAAUCUCCCAAUCUGAUCAGUGUAUGUGGUGAGGUGGAUUUACUAACUGACCAACGGAACAGGAGCAGGACACACAGGUUCUCAGGUGCUUUCCACAACAGCUCUGGUUCUCCCACACCAUAAAAUAAGAAACUUUCAGAGGUAUCAGACCACAGAGCUAUUGGAAAAUAGCUUUUCUGGGACAUGCUGCUUUUAAUUCAAAAGAGUUAAACUUACUCACAUCAGACAGGUUGAAGUCUAUUUCUUCAACCUCAAACCAUACUCAAAGAGUGCUGAAAAUGGAACACAAGUGCACCUCUAAACCCUCGUCGUUACAAACACUCAUCCUCUCCACCAUCCUCCUCUUCAUCUCCCCUACCGCUGCCAUGCCAGGGCCUGACUAUGGAGGCCACCCGCGGUUCAUCUGCAUUCCCGUCCCUGCCGAUACCGACCCUGCCUGCUUCCCCUCUGGGGGGCCAGUCAUGGGGCCUAGCGGGGCAGGGCACCACGGGCCUCCUGUAGGGCCCCCGAACAAUAAUGGCUGGUGGGGAAUGACAGAGGAGGCUAAAACUAGUAUUUUACACCUGAGAGAAAGCCUGGUGCAGCAGAAAGAGACCAUCCUGGAUAUGAGAGAGACCAUCAGGGAGCUAACCGCCAAGCUCACCCUGUGCGAGGGCUCUGGGCCGGGCAUCGGGGGUCACAACGACCACCAUGGACCUCCAUCUCAUCAUGGAGGGGUUGUCAGCCAACUGCCUUACGCUGACAACGGUCACCAUGGCAACCAGCAGGGUCACCAUGGAAACAACAACCAUGCCUUGGAUGCAGCUGGACACUACCCUGGGAAUGGGGAGCACCGGUCGGACAGUGGGCAUAACAACAGCGGGCAGGAUAAACACGCAACACCAGAGGAUAUGAUAUCAUCAAAAUCGCCGGAGGAACUGGGCAGGAUGCUGCAGGCCCUGAAAGAGAGAAUGGAUAACCUGCAGUCAAGGAACACCUCCACCACCUACUCCAGCUCUCUGAAGGAGCUCCUCCAGAGGAAGAUCAGUGCUCUGGAGCAGCAGAUGCACCACACCGCUGCUGCCCUCAGCAGCAGCCCCAAUCACCAUGACGACAGCGAUCACCACGAUGACGGGCACCAUGAAGACCACGACGAUGACGGGCACCAUGAAGACCACGACGAUGACGGGCAUCACGACGACAGUCACCAUGACAAUCACCAUGACAACGACGGGCAUCACGACGACAGUCACCAUGACGACCACCCCGAUGAUCACCAUGACGAUGGGCAACACGACAACGAGGCAGAUAGCCAUGGUUAUCUGCAGAGAACGGGUUAUCGCAUACCAGGGCCCAGGGCUGGCCUGCACUCCAACAACAAACUGGACUCUCUACUGAAUAACCUGCACCACACAGGUACCAAGAACCCUGAUGCCUUCCAGAUCGGCUUCCCCAUGAGAACCAACUACAUGUACGGGAAGGUCAAGAUGACCCUCCUGCACGAGAUCUUUGCCCUGACCCUGUGUCUGUGGAUAAAGGGGGGCGCAGGCCCCGGGCUGGGGACCCCCUUCUCCUACUCUGUACCAGGACAGGCCAACGAACUGGUGCUGAUUGAGUGGGGCAACAACCCCAUGGAGCUGUUGGUGGAUGACAAGGCAGUGACUCUGCCCCUUUCUAUCAGCGAUGGAAAGUGGCACCAUGUGUGUGUGACGUGGUCGACUAGGGACGGUGAGUGGGAGGCUUACCAGGACGGGGUGAAGAGGGGCUCUGGGGAGAACCUGUCCGCAUGGCAUCCCAUCAAACCUGGAGGGGUCUUCAUCCUCGGACAGGAACAGGACACUCUGGGAGGUCGUUUCGACGCCACGCAGGCGUUUAUGGGGGACAUCUCUGACCUCCAGAUGUGGGCUAAUGUCCUCACGGCCCAUGACAUCUACAGCCUGGCCUCCUGCAACAGCCACCUCAGCGGGGACGUCAUCACCUGGUCCGAGAACGUGGUGGAGCUCCACGGAGGGGUCACCAAGUACCCCUUCGACCCCUGUCACUAAGGGCAACCAACUAUUAUGACAUUACCAAUGGAUCCAUAUCACACACAUACUUAAAAGUACUCCUAUCGAAGAAGGAUUUUUUUCCGAUCCAGAGGGGGUAUGAGAUCACACAGGAUAGAGAAUCCACUCCACUUAAUAUUACCACCUGACUAAAACUAUGCCUUCCUUUUAGUCUGAAAGACUGAAGAGCCCCAUUCCCAGAGACUGUGUUAUGACUAUUAUGGAAUUUAAAUGUUUUGAUAAUGAAAUGGACUAUAUAUACAGUGCCUUCAGAAAGUAUUCAUACCCCUUGACUUAUUCCACAUUUUGUUGUGUUACAGCCUGAUUUCUAAAUGUAUUCAAUUAUAACAAAGGUUCACCCAUCUACACAUAAUACCCAAUAAUGACAAAGUGAAAACAUGUUUUUACAUGUAUUGAAAAUAAAAUACAGAAAUAACCAUUUACACAAGUAUUCACACCCCUGAGUUAAUUCUUUGUAGAAGCAACUUUGGCAGUGAUUACAGCUAUGAGUCUUUCUGGGUAAGUCUCUGAGAGCUUUCCACACCUGGAUUGUGCAAUAAUUCUUCAAGCUCUGUCAAAUUGGUUGUUGAUCAUAGACAACCAUUUUCUGGUCUUACCAUAGAUUUUCAAGUAGAUUUAAGUCAAAACCAUAAAUUGACCACUCAGGAACAUUCCAAUCUGCUUGGUACGCAACUCCAGUGUAGAUUUGGUCUUGUGUUUUAGGUUAUUGUUCUGUUGAAAUGUGAAUUAAUCUCCCAGUGUCUGUUGGAAAGCCGACUGAAACAAGUUUUCCUCUAGGAUAUUGCCUGUGCUUAGAUCUAUUCCAUAUAUUUUUUAUCCUGAAAAACUCCCCAGUCCUUAACGAUUACAAGCAUACCCAUAACAUGAUGCAGCCACCACUGUGCUUGAAAAUAUGGAGAGUGUUCUGUAUUGUAUUUGCUCCAAACAUAACACUUUAUAUUCAGGACAACAAUUUAAUUGCUUUGCAACAUUUUUAGCAGUAUUACUUUAGUGCCUUGUUCCAAAGAGGAUUCAUGUUUUGGAAUAUUUUUAUUCUGUACAGGCUUCCUUCUUUUCACUCUGUCAAUUAGAUUUGCAUUGUGGUGUAACUACAAUGUUGUUGAUCCAUCCUCAAUUUUCUCCUGUCACAGCCAAAUUCACUGCUUGACUGUGAGGGACCUUACAGAUAAUUGUAUGUGUCGGGAACAGAGAUGAGGUAGUCAUUCAAAAAUAACGUUAAACACUUUUAUUGCACACAAAGUCCAUGCAACUUAUGUGACUUUUUAAGCCAAAUUGAACUCCUGAACUUAUUUUAACAUGCCAUAACAAAGGGGUUGAAUAUUGAUUGACUUAAGACAUUUCAGCUUUUCAUUUUUAAUUAAUUUGACAUUAUUGGGUAUUGUGUGUAGGCCAGUGACAAAAAAUCUAACUGUAAUAAAUGUUUUAUUCAGGCUGUAACACAACAAAUGUAGAAUAAGUCAGGGGGUGUGAAUACUUUCUGAAGGCUCUGUAAAUGUAUCUAUUUUUCUAGCUUCUAUUUGACCCUUUAUUAGUGUUACUAAAAUGUUACUGCUGUUUUAAUGUCACAACAAGGAUAAUAUGAUAUAUUGUCAUAUAGUUGAUAAAGAUCAAUAGAUAUUGUUGUUACGGUACACAGCAUCCUUAUAGUGGGCCCGUAUAAUUGACUUUGAAAGUGGUUACAUAAGUAGAAGGAGAGCGUGAGGUUGACCAAUGGAUUCUCUGAAAUAAGAUCCAUUGAAACAUACAGCUAAUAUACCAAAGAAAAGUUAGACUAAUUCAUUUGUUUAGUCUUUUUAUUUUUUUUUCCUGUUUUCCUGUGAUAUAAGUACAUCGAGUACAUUUUCUUAAUGCCGGGGUCCUUAGUUGUUACGUCCAUUUUUGGACUUAAAUGAAUGAAUUACAUAUACCCAUUGAUUCUUGAAGAAUAUAACUUAGAAAUGAAUCAUGAGCUUAGUUCAAAUGUCAUACCAUAUCAGAACCCAAAAUAUAAGGUUGUUUUACUCCAAUAUUUGUAAACAAUACAAAUGUAAACUAACACUGUAUAGCCUCCAAACAUGGUUAAAACUGAUAAUGUUGAUAUCAUGGGUGGUCAGUCUUUGCAUCCACAGCUCUGUCUAUGAAUUUAAGAGUGGUUACAUUUCUCCAGGCCCAUAUCUCAGAUUUAUACCAAAACAGAGGUGGGGUGACCUCUUUGUUAUGGUUUCAAUUCAGGAUUCUAGCUUUGUGUUAUUGUUUUGAUUUCAGAUUUUUUUUUCAAUGAUUUACCUGAGACAUGAAUUCCCAGCAAAUAAAUGUGCUUUAUGAGUCUUUAUAUGUAUACUGAACAAAAAUAUAAAUGCAACAUGCAACAAUUUAAAAUAUUUUACUGAGUUACAGUUCAUGUAAGGAAAUCAGUCAAUUGAAAGAAAUUCAUUACGCCCUAAUCUAUGGAUUUCACAUGACUGAGCAGGGGCACAGCCAUGGGUGGGCCUAGGGGGGCAUGGGUGGGCCUAGGAGGGCAUAGGCCCACCCACUUGGGAGUCAGGUCCACCCACUGGGGAGCCAAGCACAGCCAAUCACAGAAUGAGUUUUUCCCCACAAAAAGGAUUUAUUUCAGACAGAAAUACUCCUCAGCCCUCAGCGACUUAUGGUAGAGAAACUAACAUUCAAUUCUCUGGCAACAGCUCUGUUGGACAUUCCUGCAGUCAGCAUGCCAAUUGCAUGCUCCCUCAAAACUUGAGACAUCUGUGGCAUUGUGUUGUGACAAAACUGUACAUUUUAGAGUGACCUUUUAUUGUCCCCAGCACAAGGUGCACCUGUGUAAUGAUCCUGCUGUUUAAUCAGUUUCCAUCCACCUGCCACACCUGUCAGGUGUAUGGAUUAUCUUGGCAAAGGGGAAAUGCUCACUAACAGUGAUGUAAAAAAAUGUGUGUACAAAAAAGCUUUUUGUGCGUAUGGAACAUUUCUGGGAUCUUUUAUUUCAGCUCAUGAAACAUGGGACCAACACUUUACAUGUUGAGUUCAUAUUUUUGUUCAGUACACAUACAACACAUUUUAAAGCUUGAUUUAAUGUAUUAUGAAUCAUGCUACGUAGGGGAGUGAAAAUGUAAGGGAGUUACCCCACAUUUCUCUUUAUCUCUCUUUUUAAUGUAGGAGUCAGGUUUCACCCCUAAACCAAGAAUCAGACAAGCAACAGAUUUAUGAUUUUAUUUACAAUGCACUUUGUAUUUAGCAGGUAAGAAAGUUCCACUGAAAUUGAGUUCUUGUUAUUUACUGAUAUUGAACAGAAGUGUGUGUUCAUUUGUAUGACAUUAUUUGUCAAUGUAUGUACCUUUUUAUUUGAAAUCGUGUUGUUGUUUGAUGGCCAAAUUUAUAAAACAUUUAUCAAAUUCCUUUUUUAUUCAAAUGUUAUAUUAGGCUAAUAUAACAUUUGCUGUAAUGACAUUGUGGCUUUGUAAAUGUUUGAUCUGGCUGUGUUUCUAUCAGUAGACGUUGUCUGUGGAUACUGCACACGGAUCAGAAACGAUUUGAUACUAUUUGUAAAUAAAAACCUUGAUGUUU